UUGUGAAUAAAAUGGAGAAACAAAAAGAAAUUCUUAAAUUAUAUCAUGACAAUCUUGAUUAAUAAAUAGAGGAUGCGUUCAAGACAGAUCUAAACAUUCCCAUACAUAAAUUCCAAACUCAAAAGUAAUUUACAGGUAAUUGGUAAUUUAGUGAUAAGAAAUCUAAAAGUUCUACAUUUGGCAUGUCUCCACAACAAUACAAAACUAGCUGAACUCACUUUGACAUAUUGUAGAAAUUCCAACUUAAUAAAUUAAACCCAGAUGAUUGAAUUCAUUAAUUUAUAGAAUAAGGAUGGAUUCACUCCUUUGCAUAUGGCCUCCUUUAAAGGAAAUCUAGUAAAUAUAUUAAGAGAAUAUGUGUAGGAAAUUAUAAAGUUAUUACUAUAAAUAGGAGCUAAUUCAAAUAUUAAGAACAUUACUGGAUUGUCUGUUCUUCAUAUGUCUGUUUAAGGAGAUCAUAUUAAGACUAGUGUAAUAAACAUUCAUAUUUAGUUAUUCUGGAUUAAUCAAAAUAUUCCAAUUGACAUUUUAGAUCAGAAUCACUAAACCCCUUUAAUUUGUGCUUCCUUUUUAGGUUCUUAAUAAAUGGUCAACUUUUUAAUUCCUUGGGGUGCUAAAUUGAAUGCCUAAACAAAAGACAAAGGUCACACGGCAUUACAUGUGGCCACUUAAUAAGGUCAUUCUCGCAUUGUGAGAAAAUUACUAAUCAAAGGAAUAGAUAGAAAAAUCAAAGAUAAGACUGGAAGAACUGCACUUGAUUUAGCCAUUGAAUCUAGAUUUGAAUCUAUUUAAACCAUGAUUGUAUAAGAUGAUAUCAUCAUACUAGGAAAAUAAAAUGGGACUAGCUGAAAGAUGCGGUUUAAGAUAACCUGAUUCAAAGGUUGAAAAAAACUACAUAUCAAUGAUCAUUUAUCUAUCUCUAUAUUGCAGUUCCUUCCUUAUGACUAUUUCCUUCACUUUGCCAAGUAUCAUAUAUCUAAUGAUAAUAAUAAGAAUUAGAUUCCUUAUAAGCUUGGUACAUCACUUCAUUUAGUAUAACUCUUCUUUUGACUUGGUAUCUUGUUAAAAGAAAUCCAGGAUUUGUACCACGCUCUAAUAAAACCUUAAUGGUAGGGUGAUUUAACAUUUAUAAGGAUCUAUUAGAUGCUAACUCAGUUGAUUAAAUAUGCCCAGAUUGUUCAGACGUGAAACCACCUAGAUCAAGACAUUGUGAAAUUUGCUAAAAGUGCGUUUAUAAAUAUGAUCAUCAUUGUCCUUGGCUUUCUAAUUGUGUUGGUGAAAAAAACCAGUAUAUAUUCAUAACAUUCCUAUUUACAUUGACACUCAGUAUUUCGUUGUAGAUCGCAGUUUAAUGUUCAAGUACAAGAAGGUUAUUUAAUUUAGCGUUAAAUUUGGAAGAUGAUCAAACUGAUGUUGAUUCUAACCAUUUACUUUAAUGGAUAACAUUCUACUAUACGAUGAUAUUUAGCUGCAUAUUUAUAUUACCUGUGAUGUAUAAAUCAUUUGAUUUAGGUUAUUAUUUACAGUUCAAAUAUACAAUUUAAUAAAAGGGCAAACUACAUAUGAAAGAUAUAUAGAAAAAUAAGGAAUUAAUAGAAUUUAGUCUAGAAAAGCUAGUGCAGAAUAAUAAUUAAAACUAAUAAAGAGUGCUUCUAGCACAGACACAAGUGAGAGUGAAUUAAAAUUUACAUUAAAAACUUAAAAGAAACCCUUGCUCAAGGAAACUGAAUUUAUUGUAUGA